AUAUUUUGACUUUCAUUUCUGUUUCUUCCGCCGUCAUUUUAGGGUUUUUUGAAAUCUAGGUUUUGUUGGGUGCCAAAAGUUGCAGUCACAGGGCAAAAUUUAGAGAGUGAUACGAUGUCUGCUUCGACCGUCGCGAUCAAUACGAAUCCGGCGGUCAACGGUAACCCUUCGUUGGCUCUGGGUUCUAAGCCAAAUGCGAGGAGGAGGACUGUCGUUGUUGCGGAGAAGAAAUCGAGUCUCAAAAUGGUCGGGGACGAUGGAGUUUCCGACGCCGGUGGCGAUGAGAAGUUGUCUGGUGGGAAAGAUUUCAGUCAUUCGAUUAGGGGUGAGACGGUUCUUGAGAGACCCAAGGAUUUGUUGCAGGAAAAGAAGAAUAUUAUUAAUUCCACCAUUUCGCCUCGGCGUACGAGGAAAGUGGUUUCGAAGCCGGAGAAGCACUGGUGGGAGAAAGGUUUUAGUAGUUUGAUUUGGAACCUGUUGUCUCUUCUUAUUGUGUUAGUUCUUGCCCAAUUGAUGUGGAAAGCUUACAAGUCUGAGGACAUUGCCAUUGGUCGACUGGGUAUGUCGGAUUUCGAAGGGCGGAUUGCAGAGGUUGAGAAGUUUGUGAAGACGACGACAAAAUUGAUGCAGGUUCAGGUUGAGGUUGUGGAUCGAAAGUUGACGAAUGUUGAAGAUAAAGGAGCGUUUCUUGAGAAUGAAAUGAAGAAACUGGUGGAUAGGACUGAUGGAAUUGACAGGUCUUUGGGUGAGUUGAUUGCUGCUGGUAUCAUUACUAAGGAAGAUUUUGAGCGGUUUUCAGAUGGGUUGAAGAACAGUAGAAGCCCUGAAGAGAGUGAUAAAGAUUGGAGUUUGGAUGACAUUAGGGCCUUAGCUAGAGACAUUGUCUCAAAUGAGAUUGAAAAGCAUGCGGCUGAUGGGCUUGGAAGGGUAGACUAUGCAUUGGCCUCUGGUGGGGCCAGGGUGGUUAAGCAUUCAAACCCCUACUACCCUGGGAAAGGCCUAAGUUGGUUUUCUGCAACUACUGGCCAAAUUGGGGUUCAUAGUGAUGCACAGAAGAUGUUGCAGCCAAGUUUUGGUGAGCCUGGGCAGUGUUUUCCUCUAUCUGGAAGCAGUGGAUGGGUUGAGAUUAGGCUGAGAUCCACAAUUGUGCCAGAGGCUAUUACUCUUGAACAUGUUGCCAAGAUUGUUGCCUAUGACAGGUCAAGUGCUCCAAAGGAUUGUCGGGUUUCCGCAUGGCUACAAAAGCAUGACAGUGAUCCUUCUGUAGAGCCUGAGAUGUUCCUGCUGACAGAGUUCACUUACGAUUUUGAGAAGAGCAAUGCACAGACUAUUGAUGUUGAUUCGAUGAGUUUUUCAGGACAACCCAUCAACAUGAUCAGGUUCGACUUCACAUCCAACCAUGGAAGCCCAUCCCACACAUGCAUCUAUCGCUUGAGGGUACAUGGUUAUGAACCUGAAUCUGUUGCACUCUUGGCAUCAACUCAAUCUUGAGAGUACACCCAAACCCAUCA